AUGUCUGAGGGCGCUUACCAACGCCUCUGGGACUCCUCCCACGUGACCCUGCAAGAGCUUCUGGACCGCGAGCAGCCCCUGCUCGAACCCGUGCCCGACCGGGAGCGGCAGUCCUUGCAGUACAGGAUCUCGUCGCUCUACCUGCACUACCUGGGGCUUCUGCGCCGGUUCGACACCGUCUAUGACCAGAUGGUGCAGCCGCAGAAGCGGCGCCUGCUGCGGCGCCUGCUGGAUGGCGUGGCGGGCCGCGUGCUGGAGCUCAAGGAUGAGCUGGUGCGCACCGACCUGUGCGAGACGCACUGCAUGGACCGCGUGCUGCAGGAUCUCAAGCUCACCCCGGCAGACCUGGAGGUGCCAAUCCCCAAAUACUUCCUCCUGGAGCAGAACAGUGCUAUCAAAGAGCGAGGGCUGAUUCUGGCUGAGAUCCUGUCCCGAAUGCGUCCAGCGUCUGUGGAGGAGGCCCCUCCAGUGAUGCACCGGACUGAUGCCAUCAUUCUAGCGCAACGCGCUGAGCGGGCCAGGCAGGGCCGGCUCCGGGCCACUUUCAUGCGAGAGAUUCGGAAAGAGGAGGAGCGGGAUCGCAAGAGUCGGGAGGAGGGGCGGCACAAGUUCACUCAAGACCAGGCAUCUGUCAUCAUACAGAAGGUGUGGAAGGGCUACCUAGAGAGGAAACGCACCCAGCUGGACCGCCGCAGAGAGAUGGAAUUCAUUGGCAUGCUCCCCUCGGCCAACCAGGUGGAGCACUUCAGCAUCGUCACGCAGGCAUCCUUCGGGGAGGAUGUUCGCAGGCUGCGACAGAGGGAGAAGGAGGAGGAGUUCCAGCAGGCACUGGUGAAGGCCCAUGAGACCCUCACAGAGACCGAGGGGCCGGACAUGAAGGAGAAAAUGAAGGAGCAGAUUCGACAGUGGUUUAUCGAGUGCCAUGCCCUUACGGGUCGGUUCCCUGACUAUCCAGAUGAGGCUUCAGGAGGAUCCUACCUGAUCUUUGCAGACAAGACUCCAGAACAGGUGAGAAUGGAGCUGGAGGUACAGGACAAGGAGAACAAGAAAAAGGAGCAAGACAAAAGUAAGGAAAAUGAGAUGGAGAAAAAAGAGAAGAAGAAGAAAGGGAAGGAAGAAAGAGCUAAGAAGGGGGAGGCGGAAACAAUGCUGAAAGUGUCACCAUCCAAGUUUGUACCUGUGAUUAAUGCCGGGCAUGAGGAGUAUAUAAGCCUGUGGAAGAACCGGAAUGAUAGCUUGUUCCCCAGUCAGAGUUUUGACUCUGAGAGCCUCCGGGAGGAGAAGAGGAAGGAAGUGGAGCUGGAAAUUCGCAUCCAGGUGGAUGAGCUGAUGCGCCAGGAGCUGAAGAACCUGCGUCUGGCUGUGGACAAGGAAGAGGAGAGACCUGUGAAGCCUCCAAGGAAAAAGUCUAAGAAGAAACUUGGGAAGAAGAAGAAAGAGAAAGAUCUGACCUCAGACAGGUCCCUGGACUCUCUGUAUGAAGAGCUUGUCAUUUUGGGCCUCAUAAAGAAGAAUGAGAAAGUGGCAUUAAAAGAUUAUAUUGGUGACUGCCUCUACCUUGGAGCUACUCUGAACUUGGCAAGAAAGUUGCCUAUGCCCUCCCUGUUUGAUGUUCGACAGAACGUGGCCCUGUAUGGGGUCCUUCGGCUAGGAUCCCCUGACAUUCACUCCAUGGCUCCCCUCAUCCGCUCCAUCCUGCUGGUGGGCCCCUCCGGCAUGGGGAAGAAGAUGCUUGUGAAUGCUGUGUGCACAGAAACCAGCGCCAACCUGUUCGACCUAUCGCCCGACAACCUGCAGGGCAAAUGCUCGGGCAAGAAUGGAGUUCAGAUGAUAGUGCACAUGGUCUUCAAGGUGGCCCGGCUCCUGCAGCCGUCCGUGAUCUGGAUUGGAAAUGCUGAAAAGAACUUCUAUAAGAAGGUCCCGAAGGAAGAGAGGAAGAUGGACCCAAAGCGAAUUAAGAAGGACCUCACCAGGGCUGUACGGCUGCUGGCUCCUGGAGACCGUGUGAUGCUGAUAGGGACAACCAGUAGGCCACAGCUGGCCGAAAUGAAGGGGCUGUGCCGGGUCUAUGAGCGAGUCCUCUUCAUCCCGCGGCCUGACUACGCUUCUCGCUUCGUGCUCUGGAAGCAUAUGAUAGAGGCCCAGGGAGUCCAGGUGACCCAAAGCCUGGACGUCAGUGCCCUGGCCAAGGUGUCUGAUGGCUACACACCCGCUAACAUUCUCCAAGCCGCCCGAUUGGUGCUGAACGAGCGGCGGCUCCUGCAGCUCUCCAAGCGGCCCCUUGUGGCCUCAGAGUUCCUGGGGUACCUGGCGAAGAUGGAUCCCGUGUACAAGGAGGAGGAGGAGUCCAUGAAGGAAUGGUACUUUAAGACCCCGCUGGGCAGGAAGAACGUGAAACUCAGCAGAGAGCAGAUGGAGGCCGAGGAGGCCAAGCAGGCCAGGGAGAAGAAGAAAAAGAAGUGA